UGCUGAGCUGUUGACAGUGUUAACUUGACAAAUAAUCCUGAAACCUUGAAACUGAAACUUAGAUUGUAGUGUCUGUAACGAAGUGGCUGUGAUUAUGUAUUUCUUUCUUAUUUUCUUGUGGUAAGGUGCCUGUAUACAUAAAGUUUUUCCCCUAUCCUGCAUGUUUUUGCUUUACUUUACACUACAAAGCCCAAACACAUGUUACUAAACAAGAAUGCAGGAACAAAUCUGUAUGAUUAAACUUAUUACAUCUUACAAAAACAGCAGUCCAACUCUGAAAUGACGUUGUACGACUUACAGCAGCUGAUUGGAUAGACUUAGAUUAAAGUUUAUAAUGAAAUCAGUGGUGAAGACUUGGCUUCCUUCCUCUUGGCAGAAGGCUUAUUAUGUGUAAACACAAUGAACCCAGCUCAUCAUGUAUGUUCAUACAGCUCACACCGUGUGUAUUUUAGUAUGUGCACCAUGCAAGGUGAUGUUCACACAUUCACUUUCUCCGCCUGCAGAUCCCUGAUGUGUUCUCGUCCCUUCCUCCUUCCUCCUUCCUGUUAAGGGGUCACGUCUCCUGAUUGUUUAAUCCCAUCACGGGGGAUUGGUGACAUCAAGGGUCCAAUCCUGUGCCAACCUCUGCCGAAAGCCCAGCAACAGGGGAGGGGAUCAGCCGGGAUGAAGAGCAGUGGGACGGCGAGGAUCAGUCAGUGUGAAGACGCGACCGGACAAGAAGGAAGGCUCUUAGGAACGAACACUUUUUUUCUGAUUGUUGGGGAUCCUGUCAUUCAGCAGACAGGAUGGCUCGGGAUAUGACAGAUAAGGAAAUCCUGAAAAUGGAGCUGGCACAGUUGAAGAAGGAAGUUGACACACCUAGGACACCAGUGGGUGCAAACUGUGCAGAAACAGUUGCUUUUGUGGAAGAACUGUCACCCAACGACCCGCUGAUCAAGGGCGUCUCGGAUGAAAAGAACCCCUACAAGGGAGACAAGGGAGGCUGUAUAAUAACAUAGCACACGUACGUCCAGGGGAAAAGUCGUGAUGUUUUUUAUGAGAGCCGGUCACAUUUCUGUAAUGUUCCUGUAGCGUUCUCGUGGAUAAAACAUGUACAGUAGUGAGAAAACUAAGAUCUGUACCUGGAUCACUGUAUGUACCUGUUGAUAUGAACAUGUUUGUAAUUAAAUUCAAAUAGCUGUACAAAGCUUUGACCUGA